CUUUAUGUUUGAGCCAGAUGAGCUUUUAAUAACAUAAACCAACAAAACUACAGAGCAACACCAUGUUCAACCAACAUGUAACCAAAUGCAAAGUCUGUUUAUGCAAAACGCACAAAGGGCAGACACCUUUACCAUAGUCCCAGAUCACAUGGUUAAAAAGUGGGCAAGACAGCAAAAGAAAUGUGAGGCGAAGAGUCAAUGACGCCAAACAAUUCUUGUUGCAAAUUAGUCUGAGUCUUUGCCGCAGCACAGCCCUCUGGACCAAGUAGAUGUGAAUGGGCGAAGAUGAGGAAGUUGGUUGAUCCAAAGCUGGCAGGGAGACAGGCUGAAGAAAGAAUGCAGCUGUGCAUUGCAAGAUAGUGUCAUCAUUGCUGCACAACAAACUCAUAGGCUGGAACUGAUUUGGGCCAAGUUUAGACAUUUUGCAGCAUCAACUAGAAAGAGAAAUUAUCAUAUUGUAUCAACCACUAUAGAAUAAGACUGAGGAGGUUGAGAAACUGGCUCUAUCAAUGUGACCACACGCUUUGACAAAGGUUCACAAGUUUGUACUCAUUUACCUUCUGUCAAAAGAGUAGCUCCUCUGCCAACCAGCAUAAAUAUUUUCUGCUUUUUGCAGAUCACAACAUUGGUCAUUGGAUCGUGCCUUGUCUCUUUGACUGCAGCCAUGCUCACCUUUUCAACCCCAUCCCUUCUCUACCUGAGUCUCCUGCUCUUUCUGUCGCACCACUCGCCUGUUCUCUCCUGUUGGACUGAGAACUCCAGCCUGUGUCAGUCCGCUCCCUUUGUACCAGGCCACAACCUGGUGGGGGAGGGCUUUGACGUGGUCACCCUGCGGCGUAAAGGAUCCUACAUGGUUGACGUGAAGACUUUCCUCACCCCAGCUGGCACCUGUACUCUCUGCAGCAACUCUCUUCAAGGCAACAGACUGCAGAAACUGCCAGUCUCUGCAGUGGAUUGGCGCGCAUUCAGCCGCUGCAAUUCUCAUCUCUACAACAGUGUGCACAACUCUGUUAGCUCACUGAUUAACACUUUGACAUCCCAGGACAGUAACAACUGGAAGGUUGGCCUAAAUGUAGAUAUGUUUGUGACUGCCGGCCUGGAGGUUGGAGGAACACGCUCCACUGCGUAUGCCUUUGCUAGAGAGAGGACCAGAGAGGACCGCUAUUCCUUCAGCAAUCACAUGGUCACCUGCAGCCAUUAUAGUUACCGUGUGUCCCUCAGACCGCCCCUCAGCUCCGAGUUCAGUAUGGAUUUGGCCAGGCUGCCGAGUUUCUAUUACUCCUCCACCAGGGCUCAGUACAGGGACCUCAUACAUACCUAUGGCACACACUACAUCCGCCAGGUUUACCUCGGGGGCCGACUCAGACGAGUCACAGCUGUACGUACCUGUUUGUCCUCACUGAAUGGGCUCUCCUCAAACGAGGUCCACUCCUGCCUAUCACUGGGUUUUUCUGUAGGCCUGGGGAAGAUGACAUUAUCAGGUAACCAACCGUCUUGCACCAAGGUCCUACAGAACCAGGACGUCUCCGCCUCGUACAGCUCUGGUCUCCACCAACACUACACAGAGGUGUCAGGAGGCAUUGGUUGGUUGGGGGAGUUUUCUCUUACUCACAGUGACUCCCUUGGCUACGGGAAUUGGCUGAAAACCCUUAAGGACCACCCGGAUGUUGUUUCGUACUCCCUCAGGCCAAUGUAUGAGCUGAUGCCAACUGAGACACAGAAGGCAGGGAUGAAGGCGGCCAUAGAGCAGUACUUAGAAGACAAUGCCAUGAGCAGCUCACAUAGAGAACCAACUUGCUGGUACGCUCGUAACCUGGCUUCCAACUGCUGUCCUCUAAAAACCUGGAGAGGAACAGCGGUGGUGACCAUUAUCCGAGCAUGGGAUCUGCAAGGAGAUUAUGCUGGCCCGACUGAUAGCUAUGCUAAGAUGCGGUACGGAUCCUUCUAUCGCAGGACUGUCAUGAUCGAGUCAGACAACCCCAGGUGGAAUGCUCGUUACGAUCUGGGCACGGUGCCCACAUACAAUCAAUUGAAGCUGGAGGUCUGGGACGAGGACUUGCAUUACGACGACCUUCUGAUAUCAUGUAAGACGGACCUGACAGAGGGAACACACAGAUACACCUGUGAAAACCAUUUGGGCGGCUUUGAGUUCCAGUAUACUCUGACCUGUGACCCUCAUCUGACUGGAGACUGGUGUAACCAUUACAAACCAUCCCCACAGUAAAAAAGAUGCCUUUACUGCUGCUCGCUUUUCUAGUUCAACUGAAAUCACAUGUAGUCAUCCCUUUUUGUAGUCAAAAUUGUCAACAUGUUUGUUGUUAACUUUCUUAAAGGGGAACACAGAGAAAGGUAUGUACAAAGCAGAUAUGUAUGCUGUAGCAAACCAAAAAAGCAUCUUGGUUUCAGUUGGACUCACUCAAGUGUGAUAUCAGAUCUGUUAAUUACUUGCUUUAAGUGCAAUGAACCUUUUUUUUUCCUAUUAAGACACCACAAUAUUCAGUUUUCUUUGUUAAAGCUUUAAACAAAACAUAUUUUGACCACUUAAAUUAUGGUUAAAUUCACAUACUUACUUAUAUUCACUAUAAAAUGGAAAAUAAUCAUUUUGUCUGGUUUCAGCUGAUUAUAAUUAAGAAUAUAGGCCUGUGAGCACAGGUAUUUUAGCACUUAUGUAGCUGUUUAUUUUCAAAUUUCACUUGCAUAAAAUCUGUCAUAUCCUUUUUUUGUGUCACCUUCUCAUGCAAAUAAAGACCCAAGUCAAACAUGUGCUUCAUGCCCUUAAAAUGACAGAAAAUAUGACUGAGAAUAGUUUUUUUCUUCAAAGCUACAUAGGUACACAUGGGGCCUUGCU